GUAAUAUUUCAUUGUGUAAUCUUACUUCAGCUCACUGCCUCUACAUUUUUCUAAUAUAGUGAAAAUAACUGCACAGCUGUCUGAAUUUAACAUGAAAGUUCAACGAACUGCAUAAUUUAAUCAGGAGAAGCUGUGAUAACACCUCCUGCCGUACAGCUCUCUGCCGUAUUGCAGUCGGUGUUGUUGUGAGGAGCUGCACUAGCAUCCAAGCAAGGAUGUGGAUAUCCAAAUUCAAUGUAUUGGCGUUUUUCUUACUUUCUGUGGGGCAGAAUACCACAUAUGCUCUCCAGGAUGUCACGGCAGACCUGUUCGGUGCCGAAAAUUAUGGGACGGUGGCGGCGUUUGGAGAUUUCUACGCGGAUAAACAGACAGACAUCUUCAUCAUCAGAGAGAAGUCUGAAGUGGUGAUCUUUUUGGCGGACUCGAAAACGCCUUACUUCAAGCCCAAAGUUAACAUCACCAAGAAUAUUUUGCCAAGCAACACCGUCAUCACCAGUGUGGUUCCUGGAGACUAUGAUGGAGACUCUCAGAUGGAUGUCCUUCUCACAGCUCAGAUCAACUCCAAACAGCUGACAACUGUUUUCAUCUUCUGGGGGCACAACCAGUCAUUAGAUACGAGUGGGUGGCUCAUGUUGAACAAGACCUUUGCAGAUCAGCCUCUUGUUAUGGAUUUCAAUGGGGACAUGAUCCCGGACAUUUUUGGAACCACCAACGACCUAUCCACUGAAGUUUGCUAUCUCACUAAUAGGGAACAAAAGUGUGAGAUUGCUCUCAGUUCACCUGUCAAGAUGCGCAUCCCUCACUCUAAUGCUUUCAUUGACCUCAACAAGGACUUCACCGCUGAUUUGUUCCUCACAACUGAUGGACCAAAGUUUGAGACCUGGAUCAACAAGGAUGGGAAAUUCACCAGAGCUGAAGGACUCAUGCCAGCAGAACCACCUGCACUCAAGAUUGUGGGACAGUCCUCGUUUGUCGACUUUGAUGGUGAUGGCUACCAGGACCACCUCCUGCCUGUGUGUGUGGAUGCUGCCUGUCUACACAGUGCCAUCUACCUGGCCAAGUCAGGCUCAAAGGAGUGGGUAUCAGUGCUGUCAGAUUUCCAGCGGAGGGAAACAGUUUGGGGCUUUAUGCCAGGAAAACCCAGCCAACCCCUGGCCCUGCACCUCGGGGACUACAACCUGGACGGCUUCCCUGAUGCCCUGGUGGUCCUCCGCAACACCAGUGGCAGUGGUCAGCAGGCCUUUCUCCUGGAGAACGUGCCCUGUAACAGCGCCAGUUGCCGGAGUGUGGGAAGAAUGUUCCACAUCCACUGGGAUCAGUCAGAUUUGGGAGCCAUCCAAAAUGCCGUCAUGGCGACGUUCUUUGACAUCUAUGAGGACGGUAUAUUAGACAUGCUGGUUCUAAGCCAGGCAGAGGGCAAAAAUGACUUGAUCAUCCACGCUUUGAAGAACAAUUUUGAAGCUGAUGCCUACUUCGUUAAAGUGAUGGUGCUCAGCGGCCUCUGCUCCAACGACUGUCCGGAAGAUGUCAAGCCUUUUGGUGUUAACCAGCCAGGUCCCUAUGUAAUGUACACCACAGUGGACUCCAACGGCUACCUGAAAAAUGCCUCAGCCGGUCAGUUGAGCCAGUCGGCUCAUUUCUCCCUCCAGCUGCCCUACACUGUGCUGGGCCUCGGACGCAGCGCCAACUUCCUGGACCACCUUUUCGUCGGCAUCCCCCGGCAGCCUGGAGAGACGGACAUAAGGAAGCAGGAGUGGACGGCCAUCAUUCCCAACUCUCAGCUCAUCGUCAUCCCCUUCCCUCACAAUAAGCCCCGCAGUUGGAGUGCUAAGUUGUACCUGACUCCCAGCAACAGCGUGUUGCUGACGGCCAUCGCCCUGAUCGGAGUGUGCGUCUUCAUCCUCGUCAUCAUCGGAAUCCUCCACUGGCAGGAGAAGAAAGCAGAUGACCGAGAGAAGAGGCAGGAAGCCCACCGUUUCCAUUUCGAUGCCAUGUGAUGGGAGAGAACUGCAUCAUGGGAGAACAUCGUCUCAUGUCCUCCUCCGCCCACCACCACACACUCCAUCCUCCUCCUUCCCACUCACACAUUUACACCCAGACUCAUUUCAAGGGCCAAUAAAUGGAUCCUCAUUUGCCCCAAAAUGUUUCUUUUUGAUAUCCUUCAGUCCUCCAGUCAGAUGUGAAAUAUUUAUGUCCCAUUUCAUUAAUUCAUUGCAGUGUUAGAAGUACAGGAGCUGCAACAAGGCCGUGGAGACACAGAGAGAAAUCCUGGUGGAGAUCACUGACAGGCUUAAGGCAGGGAUUUCUUUGGACUGGCUGUAGUUGGCAGCACGAUCCACACUGGUGUUUUUAGACUAUUAUUUUACUAAAUUACAGAUUUCUGUUGAAUCAGCCAACAAAUUACUCAAUAUUGUAAACUGUUUAUUUACUGGAAGGGAAGCACCUUUGGCACCAAGUGUUGAAAUGUCUUACGUUACUUGAAAUCCAUAUCUGUGUUACUGUCUUGUGUUCGUCUAGUUGAUUCACCUCUGAACUGUAUUCUGUGAUAUCCCUCUCAGCCGUGCAGCUGCAGCAGUAAAGUGAACAAGAACAGACACAUGCAACAAAAUGAUUCUGUGGAACAUUUUCUGCUACAAAUCUCACCUAAAAUGAUGAAUGGCCUUCAAGUCUGCUGAGUGCAAAUCCAUCUUUUUCUCAGUUGAUCAUUUCACAGUGCAUCAUGGCAGUGCCAAAAAAAAGGUUCUAUGUUGCAUCCUGCAAAUAUUUAAUGCUACUGCACCGAGGCUCCGCAGACUGGCUGAUUAAAUCUUGCCCUGCUGAAUGAGGCACAGUUCACUGAAGAUAUAGUUUAAUUUCCACUGUCUUUUUAUUGUUAAUCAGGCCGAGCGCUCUGGUGUCUUUUGUGUAUUUAUUUUACAACAGUGAGCUAAUGCCUUUCCAAAUUGUUUGCACUUUUUAACUAAUGAUUAACUGCAGGUGUAUGUAAUUUAUUUUGUUCUGUGUAUUUGAUUUGCCAAUGAAUGUUUAAACUACUAAAUGUGUUUACUUACUGAGGUUGAGAAUAAAGGUUGCUCCUGCUACAGUAA